CUCUCUCUCUCUCUCUCUCUCUCUCUCUCUCUAAAAGCCCAUUUCCUCUUCUGUAUACAAUCUAUGAGGCUUAUUUGCUGCUGUGUUGGGGUGUUGUAAGUCGUCACUGUUUCGCUGCUUGAUGUUCCUUUCAUCAGUAAAAACCUCAGCUUUGAGUCUGUUUCUUAUCUGCUUGGGGUGCCUUCUUUUGCGGCGGAGGAAGAGGAAGGAAGCCGAUGGCAAGAGAAUAGAGUAGCAUCGUGGAGUGAGUUCGAUGGAUGCUGCUUUUCUGGUGCCUGUGAAACGGACGGAGCAGGUGGUGGUCGUGACGACGUCCAAGCCCCUCGCGCCGCCUCCGCGCACCGUGCGCGUCUUCUGCAACGACUACGACGCCACUGACUCAUCCGGCGACGAGGGCGAGUUCUGCCGCUCCCGCCGCCGCGUCCGGCGGUACGUCCAGGAGAUUCGGUUCGAGGCCCACCGCAACGCGGCGGUCGGGAAGAGCAAGGCCGUCGGGAAGAAGCGGAAGGCCAAGCCUGCUGUGGCAUCCGGCGGGGAAGACGGCGUUCGGAGAUUCCGCGGCGUCCGGCGGCGGCCGUGGGGGAAGUACGCGGCGGAGAUCCGGGACCCGUGGCGGCGCGUCCGGGUGUGGCUGGGCACGUACGACACCGCCGAGGAGGCCGCCAAGGUGUACGACUCCGCCGCCAUCCGGCUCCGCGGCCCCGACGCCACCACCAACUUCGCCCGCCCCCCGCCUCCGCCGCCGCCCACGAAGAACCUCAACCUGACCCCCGUAUCAGGCAGGUACGACUCCGCCGAGGAUCCCCGAAACCUCUCCUCCCCGACAUCUGUCCUCCGCGGUUUCUCCACCUGUUCCGCCGCCGCCGAGACCAAGACCAGCGACCCGGAGGAGCGGCGAAAACCGCCGGUGGAGCAGGGCGGGUUCCUGCCGCCGGAGGAGGAGGAGGAGGCUUUCUUCGUGGACUUGCUCGGCUUCGGCGCGUCGGAUCCGGUCAGCUUCUUCUACGACGGCUCGGCCGAGGUGGGCUCGCUGGCCGAUGACUCGAGAGACGGGUUCUUCCUCGGCUCGAGGCUGGACCUCCUCGAGCUGUCAUCGACGUGGCAAACGGGAGACGGUCUUUUCGCAGACUUGGGCGAUUUCUUCCCGAUCGAGCUGCACCCCGCCGCAAUCUAAGCCUUUCAGUUCGCGAUUCCGUCGCCUGACGCCGAUUCAUCGGCCGAUUUUGCCAUGGCGUUGAGCCAUAAAUAUCGGCAGUUUAUUUCCCUCGUGUUUAUUUUUUUGUCUCUCUAAAAAGAAUCUCCGUCUGUUAACGGUGACGGGAACUUUCCGUGUAAGAUAAUAAGAGGAAGAGAUUCGGAGCGGUGUGGUAUUAUUUAA